UACUCUGGUAUCGCUGCUUCGGCCACCGCCUUGAUGGCUGGCGUUGCUUCUGCCGCUGUGACUGGUGUCACCGGUAAACCUGAGGGCUUUGCUUCUUCCACGACUGGCGGUGGUGAUACUACUGCUGUCUACCCUUCCACUACCGAUGAGCUGGUCUCUUACCUUGGUGACGACUCCGCUCGUGUCAUUGUGUUGACCAAGACCUUUGACUUUAGCGGUACCGAGGGCACGACAACUAGUUCGGGAUGUGCUCCUUGUAAGGGUACUGGCGCUGGAUGCCAAACUGUAAGACUCGACUCAUUCUUGAUUGACCAAGAUCUCAGACGACUGACAACUGGCAGNGCUAUCGACAAAGAUCAAUGGUGCGAGAACUAUGAGCCAGAUGCGCCUUCUGUUUCCUCCAUCACUUACGAUGCCGCUGGUACUCUCGGCAUCACCGUUGCUUCCGACAAGUCCAUCGUCGGAGAUGGCUCCAAGGGCAUCAUCAAGGGCAAGGGUUUGAGAAUCGUAAACGGAGCCCAAAAUGUCAUCAUCCAGAACGUUCAGAUCAGCGACAUCAACCCCGAGUACGUCUGGGGCGGAGACGCCAUCACCCUGGACGGAACAGACAACGUCUGGAUCGACCACGUAACCGUAACCUCAGGCAACGUCACCAUCACGAACUCCUACAUCGACGGCUCAGGCGACUACAGCGCGACCUGCGACGGCCACCAAUACUGGGCCCUCUACUUUGACGGCUCGGACGACAAGGUCACCUUCAAAAACAACUACAUCUACCAAACCAGCGGUCGUGCCCCCAAAGUCCAAUCCAACACUCUUCUUCACGCGGUCAACAACUACUGGAACGACAACUCCGGCCACGCCUUUGAGAUUGGCGAGGGCGGUUACGUUCUCGCUGAAGGCAAUGUUUUUGAGGACGUCGAGGCUCCUCUGGAGGCUUCUUCGUUUGCUGGAGAACUGUUUACUGCUGAUUCGGGCUCGGCUUGCAGUUCUGCUCUUGGCCGUGCUUGCGAGGCCAACUCUUUGAGUGCUUCUGGCACUUUCAGUGAGAGCAACACUGAUUUGCUGAGCAAGUUCUCUGGUGCUGUUGUUGCUGCUGCCGAGCCUGCUUCGGAGAUCAAGUCGUAUGUUACUGCCAAUGCUGGUGUUGGCAAGCUUGCUCAGUAG